GCCAGAUCCUCUUGAAAUUAAAUUGUUCAAAUAACUAUAAAGCCUGAGCAGCUGCAGGACUUCCGAAUCGGGACACCGGUUUCUGAGCUUUAGGACAGCCCGGAUUUUCAUUUUGACUGCCCGGCCAACGCCAACGAUGAUUCACUUUGUGCUUCUAAUUAGUCGACAGGGGAAAGUUAGGUUGACAAAAUGGUAUUCACCUUAUUCUCAAAAAGAAAGGACGAAGGUUAUCCGUGAGCUCAGUGGAGUGAUUCUUACAAGGGGACCCAAACUCUGUAAUUUUGUGGAAUGGAGAGGAUUUAAAGUCGUUUAUAAAAGAUAUGCUAGUCUUUACUUUUGCAUGUGCAUUGACCAGGAUGACAACGAAUUAGAGAUUCUAGAAAUUAUUCAUCACUAUGUUGAGAUUCUUGACCGAUACUUUGGCAGUGUCUGUGAAUUGGACUUGAUCUUCAACUUUCAUAAGGCCUACUAUAUAUUGGAUGAACUCUUGAUUGCUGGUGAACUUCAAGAGCCAAGCAAGAAAACUGUGGCACGUUUAAUAGCUGCACAGGAUUCACUGGUGGAGACUGCAAAAGAACAGGCCAGCUCCAUUAGCAAUAUAAUUGCACAGGCCACAAAGUAGGUUCUGAUAAGUCAUAGCCAUUUGUCUUGGUUGAUUUUGGAGUACCAUCUGUACCAAAUUCUUUUUGAAUUUCAUUUCGAGAACUGAAUUAUAUGUUAUGAGUGUAGGAUUUGAGAGGUUGUAGAAUUGACAAUUCUUCAUCUCACACAUGUUAUAAUAUGUAUAUGGUCAUGCAUUUGGGUUUCAAGCGUGGA